AUGGCUACGAAUCUGUAUUCGACGAAUGCACCAACUGAAAAUUUAUCCGUACACGAUAUGUUGGCUUGGGUUAAUGAACGUUUGCAGGCGCAAUUCGGCAAAAUUGAAGAGCUUCGCACAGGAGCAGCUUAUCGUCUAUUUAUGGAUAUCCUAUUUCCUUCUUCGGUGCCCAUGACACACGUCAAGUUUUGUACUAAUUCGGACCAUAAAUAUAUUAAGAAUUUUAAAAUUUUACAAGUUUCAUUUGAAAAAGUAAAGGCUGACAAGAUAAUACCAACUGAUAAAUUAGUCAAGGGCGAUUUUCAAGAUAAUUUCGAAGUUCUGCAGUGGUUUAAAAAGUUCUUUGAUGCCAAAUACGACGGAAAGGAUUAUGACCCGAGUGCUGCUCGGGAUAGUACGCAGGUGAGUUACGGAAAGACAAAUGUAAACAAAAUACUCUCUGCAGCUGCUGCCAUUCAACAAAAAUUCGAAUCAUUGAAGACAGCUUCAGCAGCACACUCAACGGUAUCAUCAUCAAUGCUUGCUUUUCAGUUCACUAUAAAUAGUUUAUCAUUUAAAUGUAUUAGUUGUAUAACAUAUUCGUAA